CAGUCUUCUUUGGAGCGAAGAGGUUCUGAAAACUUGGAAAUAUUUUUAAGGACUCUAUCAUGAACGUGUCCAUAUCGCUGCUCUUAGUUACUAGUUUUGUUGGAGUUCUUGCAAAUCACACUCUAAAGAAUACCAAGAAUUUUGGAAGUGAGAGUGAUAUUUUAGUGCGAAAGGCCCGAUGGCUGCCCCUGAUUUAUCCUAGAUCUAAUCCCACCCGAUUGCAGAUGAUCGCUGGCUUUGGUAUACCCGCGGAAGAUCUCAAGCUGGAAUCGGUCAUUACGGGCUAUGUCCUGAAAGCCCAAUAUUAUUUGCCAUACUCAGCCAAGCAAUUGAGGACCAAGGACGUGCACGAAAUCUCUGAAGGCAGGCUGCUGCACAAUGCCACCAUCUUCGAUAAGGUCAUGCAGAUGUCUGAACGAAAACUUGGCCUGGACCCGAAUAUCCUGCAGCAGGAUCUCCAGGCCCUGGGCAGUUAUCGCUGGUCGGUUUACGAGGCUUUCACGGCCCUGGCCAUUCGCAUGAAGCUCAAUGGCAGAGUCUGUGUCCUGAAGAGCAUCUGCGAAAGUGCCGCGGCUCCCUUCGACGAUCGCAACGGUUUGCUGGGCGAGGUGCUGCACAUCCUGCUCACACCAUCUAGUUCGGCGGAUCCCUUGGCGGAGCACUCGGACAAUGACUACCUGCAGGCUGAGAGACUGGGAGCAGCUGGUGGCGAUUGCGAUCAGGUGUAUCCGAGGUGCCCCAAGUCCCUGCUGGAGCACUUCAGUGAUGUGCAUCACCUGGGCAGUGAGUUCCUUAGAAUGUUGGGUUAA